AUGGGUCUGAAUGCUCGAGAAGUAGUGAGGGUAUUUGCAUGCAGCACACAACUCUCGUUCAACCUGUCCAAGCAGAGGUACAACCUGAUGCUGGAGCCGAUCAAGAAGACAGCACUCAGCCUGCAGCAUGAGAUGGACCAAAUGAAGAAUGCAUUCAGAUCCGUGCGUGAUAUAGUGGCGCCAUUAGAACUUGAAAUAGAGAAUAUGGAAGAAGUCGCAACAAUGAAAGAACAAAACAAUGACUUGGACGUUCAUUUCAAGACAUGGCUGCGACCGUCAGAAAUCGAAACCAAAUAUCUAAACAUGCCAGAAAAGAGUGUUGAGGAUCAUUUUCAAAAGUUAUACGAAAAGAAGUUGGAAUACAGAUGCGAGUACGAGUUAACACAAGCGAAGAAAGUUUGUAUUGAAGCGUUUUCUUUGGCUUAUGACACGUGUUGUAACAACGUGCGUCACGCUAACGCCUGGUUGUUAUGCUGGCCUCUGAGAUUUAAAUACGCCUGCAAUUUCCUUAACCUACUUCAUAAAGGUGAUACUUGUGAUAGCAGGGAAAAGGUGGACCACGGCUUAGGAGAAGGUUACGUAGCCCUCAAGAAAGCGACGCGAGAGCUGACCGGUGGAUUAAAGAACGUCAACCUAAAAUACAAAAUUAAGUUUCAACGCGUAUUGUAUGAUAUACAGGAUGCAAAAGAAACGGGGGACCGUGUACUCCACUCCUUUGAAGAGAAGCACAUCAUAAUGGGUGUGGUAAUUAUUACACUGAACGUGUGUAUGUCCAUCCUAUUCCUGAGGAUAGUGUUAGCCGCCAUAACGUACCAUGACAUGUACCUAACCAAUAUUACCUUUGAUAACCUGUACAUAACUGGAUAUUUUAAAUACUUGGACGAAAUGAGGAGGAGGAAAAAUCAAAUAACUCUGUUACCACUUAAAAAGAUGGAACGAAGUAAAUAUGUGGACAUAUACUCCAUGUCGUAUGUGAGGACCCAGCACAGCAAACUGGUUACGCAGAUCUUAAAGGUGAUGUUAGAGGUGGUGACAGCCACGACCUUCGUGAUGCUGGACCGGCUGUUCUACGAAGCUCUGGAUGUAGUACGCCAACAUGCACACCUCGAGUUUGUCCAUCAGGGGACGCAGGAUUUAAAAAUAGAGGUGGAAGGCAUAGGUCUUCUAGCAAAUCUGCUCCGUAAACUCAUAAACAACCUGUCAUCGACUCGGGACAGUCGAAGAGUGAUGACAAACAAACUAUGUGUUCCCCAACCACGCGCCAUGCCACCCAUAUACUUCCUCAAGAUCUACGGAGGAUAUGUCUGGAUACUUUUACUCUUGUAUAUUAAUCCGUAUACCCUUAGGCUGAGAAGAUUAAUCUGCAGUUACUUUUAUCCUCUGCGUGAGAGGCAGCGUGUGUUACAUCUCUACAAUGAUAUCCUUAAAAAGCGAAUGAAAAUGGAUAAAACUUUACGCAGGAAAGCAAUCCAAGCCGUAAGAGCACACUACCUCUCUGGAGAGAACCUCCUAAGUUUGCGGAUGAAGUUCCCUUAUUUGCUGGGCUGGUUGGAUGCCCUGCCUGCUGCCAGAAUGACCUGCCUUAUAUGUGGAGAGACAGAACCUAGAACUGGUAUGCGGACCCCUGGCCGAUGGCACUGCUGCAGCGUGCCAACAUGUCCGUUUGUAUACUGCGCGGAGUGCUGGGAGGACGCUGGAGGACACUGCCUCGCCUGCGACCCCUCCCUCAACGAGUUGAGCGACGUCGACUCCCUCAGUGAUGAUGAUUUACUCCGAUAUUAA